UAAUAAUAAGCUUUGAGACUUUGAGUGCUCUGAUCAGAUUUGUCAGACUCAUUCAUCUCUCUCGCUCUGCAUAUCCAAAGCUCCAGGUCUUGUGUUGGUGACAGACUUGAGCCAUGAACAACGUUGUUGCUCAGUUGCAGAGACAGUUUCACGACUACCUCGUUUCUCUUUAUCAACAGGGAUUUUUGGAUAAUCAGUUCUCUGAGUUGAGAAAGCUACAAGAUGAUGGCACUCCUGAUUUUGUAGCUGAGGUUGUCUCUCUAUUCUUUGAAGACUGUUCCAAGCUUAUUAAUACCAUGUCUAGAUCACUGGAGCGGCCAGAAAAUGUGGAUUUCAAACAGGUUGAUUCAGGUGUGCAUCAACUCAAGGGUAGUAGCUCAAGUGUUGGUGCAAGGAGGGUAAAAAACGUAUGUAUAUCUUUCAAGGAAUGUUGUGAUGUUCAGAACCGUGAAGGGUGUAUACGGUGUCUACAGCAGGUGGAUUAUGAAUAUAAGAUGCUAAAGACCAAACUUCAGGAUCUGUUCAAUCUAGAGCAACAGAUCCUCCAAGCUGGAGGUACGAUUCCUCAGGUGGAUAUAAAUUAGACUGGUGGUCUUCUUGAUUUUUUCUGAAUGUUCAAAGGCUUUUUAUACAUGAUGAAACACAUUCCUCGGUAGCAUUUUCCCAGUUACAUUAUUCUUCGCCCUUAUCUAAACGCUUGAUUGAGUUGUAACAGUAAAAAUGAAGUAUAAGUUUUAUUAUUAGACAUGUUCAUAUGUUAAUGAAAAUUUGGUUUAUGUGUUUAUUAAUCAACAAUGAUUUUGUCUAGUAAUGAACACUGCACCGUGUCUUUUGUGCACACUGUAAGUUAUUGUUAUGGGGCUUAUAGGACAUGAUUGUGACAAAAGAUUGAGAAU